AUGGACCCCCCGAGCUGCAUGAAGGCCCUGCUCCUCGCAGCCACGGAGUACCGCGCCGCCAGGACAGCGCACAAUGCCGCGCUCCUGCAGCGCAGCCUGGAGGUUAUCUCCGGACUGAAGCUUACCCGUUUUUUUGCUUCAAACCAGAUUCUACCAAGUGAAUGUCUCAGUUGCCUUGUAGAGCUCCUGGAGGACACUAAUAUAAACCCUUCUCUGGUCUUGUCUGUGGUUACUUUGCUAUCACAGCUAGCUUCAGACACAGAGACUAGAGAAGCUCUCCAGGACACCUACAAUCUGACCAGCGUGCUGGCAGGAGUGGUUCAUCGAAGUUCUACUAAUCUGAGUGACCCAGUCUUAGUACAGGGUAUUCAGUUGCUGCAGAGACUAACCUACAACGUUCCCGUCUUUUGUGGCGGUGCCAACAUCGAUGGAUUAAUUUUGUUUCUAAUGCAUCAUGUUCAAUCCACUGAAGAUGAGUUAACAAUACCGUGUUUGGGACUCCUGGCAAACCUCUGUCGUCACAACUUGUCUGUUCAAAGUCAGAUAAAAUCUUCGAAUAAUGUGAAGAGUUUCUAUCGUACCUUAAUAAGUUUCUUGGCUCACAGCAGUUUGACUAUGGUUGUGUUUGCGCUUUCGGUGUUAUCAAGCCUUACCCUAAAUGAAGAAGUAGGAGAAAAACUCUUUCACGCUCGAAAUAUCCAUCAGACAUUUCAGUUAAUAUUCAAUAUUGUUGUAAAUGGAGAUACUCUAACAAGAAAAUAUUCUGUUGAUUUACUCAUGGAUCUUAUGAAGAACCCCAAAGUGGCAGAUUAUCUUACCAGGUACAAGCACUUCACCUCUUGCCUUGGUCAAGUAUUAGAUCUUCUUCAUGGAAGGGAUCCUGAUUCAUCAUCUAAGAUCUUAGAGCUGCUGCUUGCCUUCUGCUCUGUGCUAGAACUGCGUCACACCCUGCGGCAGGCGAUACUGGAACCAGCUGGCUUGCCAGGCUCUGCAAACACCAGACUUGGGACUAGCUCAAAGAGUUUUGAACCAUCUGUUGCAUUGGUGCACUUGUCAAACCAACCAUUGGAAGGCUCUGAAGACUGUUCAGGGCUAGCAUUGCAACUACUCAAAGAGAUUUUUGAGGAUGUUACCAACAAUAAGAAUGGUAAAUCAGCUGAACACUUUAUGGAUCUUUUGCUACCUGUUCUUCUUGAUCAUCUUCAGAUGCCAGAACAGAUUGUGGAUGAGCUAUUAGUGAAGAAAAAGUGUGAAAGAAUGGUCAAGGCUAUUAAUGUCCUCACAAUGCUCUGCAGAGAUGACACACUGAAAAUGCAUGUCUCGAAGGUGCUGACUGCCAGCCAAUGCACAUGUCUGAUAGAACACCAGUUUCCUUAUUGUGGGAUUGAUACUGGCUUUGGGACAAAAUUGGUGGACUCUAAAAUGUGCAAACUUGCUACUGAUAUUAUUUUGAAAACACUUGAUCUUAUGAGCAGAUUGCAGCAGGAUGUACCUGAUAUGAAGGUCAGCUUCUACAAAAUGUUACAGGAUCAGCGCUUGAUUACACCUUUGACAUUUGCUUUAACAUCAGACCAUGGAGAGCGGGUCCAAGUGGGGCUUAAAAUACUGUUUGAGGUUGCACCCUUACCGGAUUUUCCUGCCCUAGCGCUGGGUGAAAGCAUUGUAGCAAAUAAUGCCUACAGACAGCAAGAAAUGCAGCACAGAGCAAAGAGAAUCCAAAUGCAGGCACCUGUGACCAGCACUACUUCAGUGAGGUGUUCUUCAUCCUAUCCUUCAAGUAAUGACUCCAAAGCUUCAAAUAUUGAGGAAUUAAUACAAAAACUUCAUUCUGGACUAGAGAUGAAGGAGCCCUUGGCUGAUGUGAGGAUAUCUGACGUAAUGGAUGUCUACGAGCAGAAGCUGUUGGCGUUAGCAUCUAAAGAAACGAGGCUGCAGGAUCUACUGGAAGUAAAGGCAGUAGCUCUGGCUCAGGCUGAGAGGCUGACGGCUCAGUACCGGUGUCAGAGAGCCCAGGCUGAGUCUGAGGCAAGAACUCUUGCUGCAAUUCUGAAGGAUGCAGAACGAAAAAAUGAAGAGCUUAACGAUUUGUUGAAGGCUCAACAGGUAGAAUAUGAAAGAGCACAGACUGAUAUUGAGCAGCUCUUUCAGCACAACAGGAAGUUGCAGGCAGUUGCUGAAGAACAUGAAAGACUAAAAAAAUCCACUCUUGAUCUCCUUCAGAGGUAUGAAACAACUGAAAGGCAAUAUAAAGAUCUACAGAUUACAUGCAAUUCACUAAAUAAACAAGUGGAAGCAAUGAUGAAACUAAAUGAAUCACUCAAGCAGCAGAUCAAUGCCAGUACCUCUGGAUUAAAUGAGUUAGAAAGUGAACAUCGCAGAAAUGAAUUACAGCAACAGCUGCAGGAGAGAGAUGGCACAAUAGCAACCUUGCAACAGAAUAUAAACGUCUUGGAAGAAAAAAUCAAAACUCAGCAGAAAGAAAAAACAGAUAUGGAACAAACUAUCAAUAUUCUUAGAAAGGAAUUAAGCGAAACACAGCAAGCAAGGGAAGAACUGAGUGUCAAGGCAUCUUCUCUGGAAGUUCAAAAAUCCCAGUUAGAAGGAUGCUUGGCAGAAAAAGAAGCGCUCAUAAAUCUGCAGAAGGAAAAACUGGACAUACACGCCAGCGUGAUUGCAGCAAUUCACAAACUAAGUGAUGGCAAGCAAAGUGUAGAAACAGUGAACCUCAGUUUGUAGGGCUCUGUUUCCUGUGCUUUACAAACUCUGUUAAGUGAGCUAAAUUAUAGGGGUGACUGCCAGCUUUGUACACAGCACAUG